AGUGUUCGGGGGGGGGGGGGAAACCCAGGAAAUGCAUAAAUAUAAGACACUGGACACUUCACUUCAUCAAACUACUGCGUCGUGUUACAUCCCUAUACUACACCACUCCAGCUGUAGACUGUUGAACAUCAUGUACGGUGAGUAACCUUCGGCUCUACUACACUCAGCAUCCAUCAGCUUCUUUACGCGGGAUGUGAAGUAAACCAGUGUAGCGUAUUACGCAUUCGUUAUUUAGUUAUUUAGUCAGUUAGUUAGUUAGUUAGUUAUGCAAUAAUGAUUAGAUUACAACCUACAUAUUAUUCAGGUCAGUGUACAAAGUGUAUACAAGUUUUGAAUUGCCAGAUAUUUACCUGGGUUUUUUGUGUGUUUUUUUUGUUUUUUUUAACCAUGCGCUUCCAUUCCAUCCUCUGAUUUACAUUAACACGCGCACCUGCAAUCAGCCCCCAAAGUUAACCUCACCGGUGUAAUAAACAGGCUACAAAAACAAAUGACGCAAACGAUCAAUUCUUUUGGACCUGUGCGAUUCCUUGUAAAAUGUUUACUUAUGCGCGUCUUUAUUGCACACGCACGUGCAUCGGUCAGCAGGAGAAUCCCCGAGGACUUUUGUGUGCGUGUUUACAAAAAAAAAAAAAAACACUUUCUGUGCCAUUGUAUCUUUCCGCAAUGCCACCUGUUAGUGGUUUACUGUAUUUGCUUUAUUUAGGCUAUUUUAUGCUGAUGUGUAUUGCGCUUGUGAGCCGUGCUGCCGUGGCGUCUCCAGUGCGCGCGUCCAGGAGCGUCCAAAGCGACCAUGAGCUCUGCACCACGAGUGCCAGGAGCCUGCUGACCACUCUCAGGCGCGUGCUCGAGAAAUCCACAGUGACACAGCCAGAAAAGAUGGGAUCCAAUACACUGUUUCAUGGAUUUAACUGCACAGACCUGGGAGCAGUGAUGAACCCCAACACACAGACUGCGAGUGUGUGUCAGCCCAUUCAGGACGUGACAUGCUCGGAUGAAAAAACCUCUCCAUUCAGUCAGACUAAAUGUCUGCAGAACAUUGCUAAUGAUCUGCAUUAUCAUGAAACCAUGCUUGAUAAAUAUGUCAAAACACUGGAUGAGAGGCCCAAUGAUGAGUCUGUCAAUGAGCUGCGCACUCUUACAGAAUCGAUACAGUAUCUUCAGCAGAGAUGCAAACUGCUGCCCAAACCCGAGACUUCGAAAAAUAUGUGGACCCCCACUAACUCUUUUGAAGAUCGUAUGGACUUGUGCAAGCAGCUGAAAGGCUUCCAAGUGCGCACCAUCACCAUCAACCGAGCGCUCGGUUACAUCUGCGCCGGGGAGUAAAAGAACUGAUUCUGCACUUCCACUACAAUCAUCAUCAUCAUGAUCAACAUCUCCUUAUAAUCCCAAUACUAGCUGUUUAAUUCUUAUUUAUUUAAAAAGUAGCUGUGUAAAACUUUGCACUACUACACCCUUUAUUUAUUGAAAUCUAUGUGACAAAAAUGUAUAAGCUAACUACAUCUCUGUGGUUGUCGACAGACACCUUGUGGGGUAUUUAUAUAGUUGUUGUCCAGUAACUUAUUUGUAUGUAUUUACAUGCACAACUAUUUAUUGAAUUGGUGCACACAGCACCAUUUUAUUUAUUACUUAUUUAUAUUAAAGCAUUUGAGAUAAUUU